UCUGGUGACCUGAUCGUCCUCGUCACCCAACCAGUUGUUCUCCAAUCCCAUUUCCAAAGCAUUUUUGAAUGCACCCGGGCUCACUGAUAUCGUUUCCAAAGCGGGAAUAUCGCCACGUUUCGAGCUCCCACAAAUUUCAAUGAAAAGUCCUAGAAAGGACAACGGCAGCCGCUAAUCACUCACCACAUAAAUUUCAAGGCCCUGUUUCUUUCUCAAACCCUGGUCUUCAGGAACGGCGCAGUCCUACUUUCACUUCUGCUUCUUCUCAUUGGUUCUAUUUUCAAGUGAAAAUUUUGAACUUUCCCACAAAUCAACUGCUAUUUCCUUUCUAAAAAUGUCGCUUUCCUAAUUUCUUCAAACGCUGUCUCUGUCUUUCCUUUGUUUGGGGUUUUUAUUAGGGAUGGCGGAGGCCGCUAAAACGCAGAAUCCGUGGAUGAGUUCCGGGGAAACGGCAACUAUGGAAUCGGCGGUUUCUGAUAGAGAGGAGCUAGGAUUCAAUGCUUCACUGUCUCAUCAAACGACCAGGGCAUCGCCAUCCGAUUUAAAAUUAGGGUUAGGAGCGAGAGCUUUCUCCGCCGCCGGUGCCGCCUUUUUGUCUGCGAUUAUUGUUAAUCCUCUUGACGUGGCCAAAACCAGGCUGCAAGCGCAAGCUGCUGGAGUACCUUAUUCGCAUCCGUUGAGUAAUAUCAUUGGUCGUAUGGCAUAUUUUGGACCAAAAACGUUGUUUGCUGAUUUAAGGUGUUCCCCGUCUUGUACACGAGCUGGUGUUCAUGGUACUGUUUCAAUUUGUCCGCCUGAUUGUUUCCAGUACAAGGGAACCCUUGAUGUCUUUUACAAAAUUAUAAGACAGGAAGGAUUUUCAAGGCUGUGGAGAGGCACAAAUGCUGGUCUAGCAUUGGCUGUACCAACGGUGGGGAUCUACCUGCCCUUCUAUGACAUGUUUCGCAACUGGUUAGAGGAUCUAACUGCCCAGAAUGCUCCAUCUGCAACACCAUAUGUCCCUCUGGUUGCAGGAUCAUUAGCACGUUCAUUAGCUUGCACAACUUGCUACCCUAUUGAACUUGCCAGGACCAGGAUGCAGGCAUUCAAGGAGACCCAGAUUGGUAAGAAGCCUCCUGGUGUUUGGAGGACGCUACUUGGUGUUGUCUCGCAUGUUAAGAGCACAAACAAUGCUCAAAACAGCUUGCAAGGUUACCGCAUGCUUUGGACAGGCAUGGGAGCCCAGCUUGCUCGUGAUAUUCCUUACUCAGCAAUUUGUUGGUCUACCCUUGAACCUAUCCGGAGAAGACUUCUUACUCUGUUUGAUGAGGAAUCCAAUGCAGCUAGUGUUCUAGGAGCAAACUUUUCAGCUGGUUUUGUUGCUGGAAGCCUUGCUGCAGGUGCAACAUGUCCUCUAGAUGUUGCAAAAACCCGAAGGCAAAUAGAGAAAGAUCCCGCCAGGGCAUUGAGGAUGACAACACGGCAAACACUGAUAGGGGUUUGGAGGGAUUCGGGUAUGAAAGGUUUGUUUACUGGAGUUGGUCCUCGUGUUGCCCGUGCAGGCCCUUCAGUUGGGAUUGUGGUUUCAUUUUAUGAAGUUGUGAAGUAUGUUCUACAGAACACAUAUAACGCAUAAAAUUAGGACCGGGGCACUUGCUUUAAUUCUUUUAAUUCAAUCAAAUGUUUGGUGACGGCAUAGGAGCAACACCUAACAUCAACAAGACGCGGACAAGUGACUUCGUGGAUAUCAUACAUACAAAAUAUGCUGAUGCAAUUUUGAUCAUGUUAGAUCCUUUUCCUGUAACACAAUUUUGGUUUUAAGGUUACUUGAAGUUUACACCUCGUUUGGGCAGAACUUCAUCCUGCUUGUCUAAUUUUUUUCACCUUUUUCGCUGAGAGGUGGUCUCAGCUUAGCUGGUAUAUUCGUUUUUCUUCUGGGUUUCUGCAUAUGUUAAGUUGUGAUUGCUGCAAGGCGUUCACUUAACUGGUUAGACAGGUUUUUUAUUGUUGGAAGGCUUUGAAAUAAAUUUGAAUUUGAUGAA